UUCUGCCUAAACCACGCAGCAAAGCCAAAACCUUCUUCUUCUUCUUCUUCUUAGGAAAUCAUUAGUCAUGGCUAAUUCCCAUAGUUCCACCCCUUCCAUUCCCACAACCACAAAAUUAGUCUUCCUUUUAUUCUCACUUGUUGUGGGAAUGGCCUCUGCCCAGUUAUCCUCUACUUUCUACGACACAUCCUGCCCUAAUGCCCUUUCCACCAUUAAAUCAGCUGUUGUCGCUGCUGUGGGCAAAGAGGCACGCAUGGGCGCAUCGUUGCUCCGUCUUCAUUUUCAUGACUGCUUCGUUCAAGGAUGUGACGCAUCUGUACUAUUGGAUGGUAGCAGUGGAGAGAAAUCAGCAGGGCCCAAUGCUAAUUCACUAAGGGGAUUCGAUGUAAUAGACACCAUCAAAACUCAAUUGGAGAGUGCAUGCGCUGGUAUAGUGUCUUGUGCUGACAUCUUAACCGUAGCCGCCAGGGACUCUGUUGUCGCUCUGGGUGGACCGAGCUGGGUAGUUCCAUUGGGCAGAAGAGACUCCACCACCUCAAGUCAAAGUGCAGCUAAUACCGACCUCCCUGCUCCAACACUGGAUCUUGCUGACCUUAUCACUGCCUUCUCAAACAAGGGUUUCACUACCAAAGAAAUGGUGGCUCUCUCAGGAUCUCACUCAAUAGGGCAAGCCAGGUGCAUAACCUUCCGGACCAGGGCAUACAACGAAACUAAUAUAGACGCCACGUACAAAACAUCACUACAAUCGCAAUGUCCAAGCACCGGAGGAGACGACAAUCUUUCCCCUCUUGACGUCACAACUCCGAAUACCUUUGACAAUGCUUACUUCACCAACUUGAUAAGUAAUAAGGGUCUGUUGCACUCGGAUCAACAGCUCUUUACGACUGGAGGUUCCACAAACGCUCAAGUCAAUACUUACAGUGCCAACUCGGCAACUUUCGGAACAGAUUUUGCCAACGCCAUGAUAAAGAUGGGGAACCUUAGCCCACUCACUGGCACCAGCGGCCAGAUCAGAAAAAACUGCCGGACAAUCAACUAAGUCAACGUACUCGAUCAGGAUAUUUGUCUGCGUAUUCAAGAAUAACGGCGUUCGUUAUUAUAUGAAAGACGUUACUGAUUGACAAUCUUAUAUUAUAUAUCCCCGCAUCGUUCAAGUGGAAUGAUCGAUGAAUUAUAUAUAUUAGAUUCAAAUCUUGCCAAGUGUACUUCAUAUUUGAAACGUGUAAUUUGAAGAAAUUGCAAUGUUAAAACGUAGUCAAUGCGUAUUAUUGUGAUA